AUGACUAGAACUUUAAAUAAAUCACAAAAUUUAAAACAACGAAAGCAUCUCCUCAAUGCACGUUUGAAUAAAGCAUUUAUUGCUUACAAAGACCAAAUUUCGAAUAGAUCUAUUUACUAUAGAAAACAAAUAAAUAUUAUCUUAGAACAGGCUUGCAAAUUGUCAGAUACAUCAAUAAUAGCAUUAGCUGAAAUUACUAUGAAAUUAACAAACGAUCAAACCUCUGAACAGAAUAUAUUCAAUAAUCGGAAACAAGUAUUAAAAAUGGCUCUAAAUAUAGAAAAUGAAGAAUUAGAAUUAGCAAAUACAUUUUUAGCUUAUAUGUAUAACUCAGAAGAAUCACAAUUAUUAAAUAAUCAAAAUCGAAAACAAGUAUUGCAAACGGUUCUAAAUUUAGAAAAUAAAAAUUUAGAAUUAGUAAAUACAUUCUUAACUAAUAUACAUAACUCUGAGAAAUUACAAUUAAUAAAUACUUUCAUAGAUACUAUAUAUGAUUCUGAGAGAUCACGCAUAUCUAAUAAUCGAUACCAGCUACUAGAAAUGAUUCUAAAUAUGAAUAAUGAAGAAAUAGAAUUA